AUGAACAUGACUCAGGAUAUAAAACUAGAAGAGAAGCUAGAGUAUAUUUCAAUCAACGAUAGCUCCCCCGAAGACCAAGAGCCGAUCAUCCCACAUGAACGACAAAUUGUGGAUCAGGUCAUUGCUAUAUGGAAAGAAGAUCCAUCAACUGAAAAUCUUGGGAUCGCCAAGCUUCACGCAUUAGUCAAGCAGAAACACCCAAACUGGACAGUUUCCGAGAAGAGAGUCAAACAGUUGUUGAAAAAAUUUAGCCUUUUAAGCAGUCAAGAACAAUUCACCUAUGCCAAGGACAUUAAAUCUGAAUUGACACCUGAUAUUGAACUCCCGCCUAAAGUCCAAGUAGUCAUGACUUCGAAACGAGGUAAAUGUUUGUAUGCGAAAAAGCCUAUAAAUAAAGGAGAGUUGAUUUGGAGUGAAGCUCCAUUAUUUUUCGUGCCACCGUUGGCUAAUGUCCAUUUGGUUGAACAUGGAUCUGCUUGUGCAAAUUGUGGCAAGCUAUUACAACAAACUGAAAUGAAAACUGUACUAAAAGGGUUGGAUUGCGACGUUUGUUCUGAAGUUUGGUGUUCGAAAAAUUGUAAACAAAUGGACUCCCAGUUGCAUGGUGCAUUGAAACACAAUGUAUUCAAUCCUAAUUCGAAAAAACCGAAAGUUGUUGACUCGAAUGCGUUUUUGGAGAUGCAAGAGUACUGUUUGAAAGAAUCAUGGAAUGCGUUGUUUGCAAUUACGUUGAUCUAUGCUAAUGUCUUAUUGGAUAAACUGGGCGUUAAACAAAAACAGUUUAAUGCUAUGGCAAGAGUAUCUCAAGAUGUGAGGUACAAGGCGUUGGAUGCUGGUGGUGGUACGUUUGACAAUAUGAACGGUGGUGCGUUAUUUGUUCAAGAACAACAAGAGACAUUGUGGAAGGAAGGAUACGAAAAGCUUCUUCGAGCUUUCCCCAAGAAUCCUAUUUCGUAUAAAGAAUUUUUAUACAUGAUGGGCACAUAUAAUAUUAAUAAUCUUGAUUCAAAUGUAUUUUUAACCCAAUCACAUUUGAAUCACAACUGUGACCCAAAUACUACUGUCGACACUGCCCUGGACCGGGUCUCCGGGUUGAAAGUGUUUGCCAAGAGGGAUAUUAGAGAAGGCGAAGAGUUGACUACAACUUAUGUCAAUCCUAGCCACACUCUUAAUCAAAGACAACGAGAAUUGAGAGUCAAUUGGGGAUUCAUUUGUGCAUGUGAAAAGUGCAAGAGCGAUGCAAAAGCAACGGAACGGAGAAAAUCCUCAUCAUCCUCAAAAAAACAGGAUACAAAGAGCAUUAGAAACAUGUUGAAGGAGACCAAGGAACAAGUUGGCGAUGGUGGAAUAGAGUUGCAGAUUCCUAACGAAAUUGGUGGUGAUGGAGAGCGUAGGAAAUCCGUCAGAUUUGAUGAAACUGUUGUUGCUGUUGGCAAUUGA